UACAUUGUUGCGACUGAAUAUAAAUACGACAAAUCGGUCAAGGGAUGGCAUCAGUUGGCUUCUGGAGAUCAGUGAUUCAGGAUCCAAUAUGAAGGUCUUGGCAAUAUUCGCCAUGGCUUUGGUGGCCGGCGUCAAUGCCGGCACCUACACCGAUAGGUUUUUGGAGCAAUAUAAGAAGAUUAAGAGCUCUAGUAGUGGGUACUUUUCCAGCGACGGUGUUCCGUAUCACAGUGUCGAAACUUUGAUUGUUGAGGCUCCGGACCAGGGUCAUGAAACCACUUCUGAGGCCUACAGCUACUACGUGUGGCUGGAGGCUAUGUAUGGAGCCAUAGAAGGCGACUUCUCGUCUUUCAACUCUGCUUGGGAAAGUAUGGAGAAGUAUACCAUCCCAACUCUCCAAAAUGCCAAUUCUGAAUACGAUGCUUCCAAGCCAGCAACUUAUAUUGCUGAGAUGGAUGACCCCAGCGAAUACCCUUCGGCUAUCGACUCCAGCAUCCCAGUAGGUCAAGAUCCUUUGGCUGAUGAGUUGAAGAGCGCCUACGGCACCUCGGAUUUCUACUCCAUGCACUGGCUGUUGGACGUGGAUAAUGUCUAUGGGUUCGGAAAUGUUCAAGGGCAAUGUGAAGCUGGGAGUUCAGCCUCUGGACCCUCUCUUUACAACAACUACCAACGUGGACCUCAAGAGUCCGUUUGGAGAACCAUUCCCCAGCCUACUUGCGAUCAAUUUAAAUAUGGAGGCACCAACGGGUUCUUGGACCUUUUCGUGCAGGACUCUGACUAUUCUCAUCAGUACAAAUACACUGCUGCUCCUGAUGCUGAUGCCAGAGCAGUCCAAGCAGCUUACUGGGCCAACGUAUGGGCUACAGAGAAGGGCUCGCAGGGUUCCAUCUCCCAAACAUUGACCAAGGCUGCGAAAAUGGGCGACUACCUCAGAUACUCCCUCUUUGACAAAUACUUCAAGAAAAUUGGAAACUGCUAUCCAGCGAGUGGAUGUGCCGCUGCUUCUGGAAAAGACAGUGCUCACUACCUGAUCAGUUGGUACUUUGCCUGGGGAGGUUCCUACAACGCUCAAUACGAAUGGUCUUGGCGUAUUGGAGAUGGUGCUUCUCACUUUGGCUACCAAAACCCUCUUGCUGCCUACGCUUUGGCUAAUGAUGCCUCGUUGAAACCAAAGGGAUCAACCGCUGUUGACGACUGGACUAAAUCUCUUCAGAGGCAGCUCGAGCUGUAUGAGUACUUGCAGACUGAUACUGGACCAUUUGCGGGCGGUGUUACCAACUCUUGGAAGGGGCGAUAUGCGGAACCUGACUCCGACUUGCUCAACGACACUUUCUACGGAAUGUUCUACGACUGGGAACCUGUUUAUCACGAUCCUCCAUCCAACAGAUGGUACGGUAUGCAACCUUGGUCAGCUGAUCGUCUUGCACAAUACUACUACGCGACCGGAGACUCCAAAGCCCAAUCAAUUCUGAAGAAAUGGGCCGACUGGGUUGAUGGAGUUAUCCAGUUUAGUGGAGACGAUUUCCAGAUCCCCAGCAACCUCGGUUGGUCUGGAGACCCGCCAAACGUGCAGGUCACCGUUACUUCCUACGCCAGAGAUUUGGGAGCGGCUGCCGCUACUGCCCGUACUUUGGCCUACUAUGCUGCCAAGUCUGGAGACUCCACUGCCAAGUCCACUGCCAAGAAACUUCUGGAUGCCAUCUACACUACCUAUAAGGACGAUAUUGGUUUCUCAGUAGAAGAAGAGCGUGACGACUACAACCGUUUCAACGAGAAAGUCUACGUGCCAUCUGGAUGGACUGGAACCUACCCCAACGGAGAUGUCAUCGACUCUUCAGCCACUUUCCUUGGAAUCCGUUCCUGGUACAAGAACGACCCCAACUGGUCCAAGGUGGAAACUUAUCUUAACGGGGGUGCAGUGCCCACCUUUAAAUACCACAGGUUCUGGGCUCAAGCUGAUAUUGCCUUGGCAUUUGGUGCCUAUGGGCUUCUGUUCAGCGAAUAACCAUGUAUAUAGAUGAUUUGUUGCUUAUAAAUAUAUAAACAUACAAAAUUGA